CGUCCUUUUCCUCCUCCUCAUCCUCCUCCUCCUCCUCGCUCCUCGCAUGUCGCUCCUCGCUCCUCGCUCCUCCCUCCCUACCUCCCUCCUUCUCUUUCCUCCUCGACCCCCCCGCCUGGACACGGUGGGCGCUGGCGACACCUUCUCUGCGGCCCUCCUCGCGGGGCUGGCGGACUCCGGACGCCUGGACGCCAGGGCUGUCGGGGCCCUCUCGGCGGCGGAUGUGGAAGGCCUCCUGCGGCGCGCGGCGCGGGCGGCGGCGCUGAAUUGCCAGCGCGAGGGCUGCGACCCGCCAGGGCGCGCGGAGCUCGAGGCCGCGAUGGCGGAGCCCUGGCGGUGACAGCGCGGACGGCCCUUGGCGUAGGGUACUUGCGAGCGUCCCCACCUCCUCCCCCAGAUCGCCAAUUCCCC